AAAAACACAACAAACUUACAUAUAACCUAUAAAUUUAAACGUUUGUAUGUAAUUGCGUUUGUGUUAAAAUAAUUAUAAUCAUCAGUGAUUAUUAAUAAAUAAAAUGUCUGUAGUUAUUGAGACAACUAUAGGCGAUUUUACAGUUGAUUUAUUUACUGAUGAACGUCCGCAAACAUGCCGAAAUUUUUUGAAAUUAUGCAAAAUAAAAUAUUACAACUGGAGUUUGUUUCACACGAUAGAGAGAGAAUUUAUUGCGCAAACUGGUGACCCUACAGGAACUGGCAAAGGUGGAGAAAGUGUCUAUGGAAUGGUGCUAGGUGAGAAAGCACGUUAUUAUGAAGCUGAACAGAUGCCGAAAAUAAAACACGACCGAGUAGGUUUGCUAUCAAUGGUAAAUUGUGGUGAUAAUAUGCUCGGCUCGCAAUUUUUUAUCACUCUCGGUCGGAAUCUCCAGUCCCUUGACGGAGAACACUGCGUUUUUGGUGAAAUUGUUGAAGGGAUUGAUGUGAUUUUAAAAUUCAAUCAGGCUAUUUGUGAUGAUGUGGGCCACCGCCCUCUUCAGGAUAUUCGUAUCUCUCAUACUGUUAUCCUGGAGGACCCUUAUGACGAUCCUAAGGGUUUGGUUAUUCCUGAUCGUAGUCCUGGACCAACGGAAGAAUUUUGUAAGAGUGAUCGAAUUGGCGCUGAUGAAGCUAUAGAUGAUACAGCUGGUAUGACAGCAGAGGAAAUUGCUGAAAUGAGAAAAGACAAGGAAGCUAAAGCAGCAGCGACUAUUCUUGAAAUUGUUGGUGAUAUUCCUGAUGCUGAAAUUGCACCACCUGAAAAUGUUUUGUUUGUUUGUAAAUUAAAUCCUGUAACUAACGAUGAUGAUUUGGAAAUUAUUUUUAGUAGAUUUGGAAAAAUAGUUGGAUGUGAGGUAAUUAGAGAUCAUCAGACAGGUGAUUCACUUCAAUAUGCAUUCAUUGAAUUUGCAGAACGUAAGAGCUGUGAAGAUGCAUAUUUUAAAAUGGACAAUGUGCUGAUUGAUGACAGAAGAAUUCAUGUAGACUUUUCUCAAUCGGUGUCUAAAAUGCGCUGGAAAGGAAAAGGAAGAGGAUUUUUAUACAAUAAUGAUGAACGAACGGAAAAUCGUAAAAAUAAAAAUGACAAUCGUAUGGAUAACAAAAAGGAAAAUAAAAAUUCUAAACCGGUAGAAAGGAAAGCACGAGACAGGAGUCCAGUCAAGGAUAAAAAACGACCAAGAAGUCUAAGCAGAGAAAGAAGUGAACGCAGGAGAAGUAGAAGUAGGGAAAAGAGAGAACGCAGAAGAAGUAGAAGCAGAGACAGAAAAGAAAGACAGGAGCGACGUAGAAGUAAGAGUAGAGAAAGAAACGAGCGUAGAGAACGGAGUAGAAGCAAAGAAAGAAAAGACCGUAGACGAAGUCGCAGCAGAGACCGGCGAAAUAAAUACGCGCAUAAAAAAAAACAUUAAUCAUUGUAAUAACUUUGAUUAAUAAAUUUUAUAUAAAAUUGCAAACUGA